AUAUGUUACAUGAAUAAUAUGGUCAUUAGGUUAAAGCUUUGUUCAACAUAACCUUAGUGUAUAUGUAUGGCAAGUGUCCUUUGUCCACUAAGCAGUUUAGAUAUGCUAUGAAUACAAUCCAAAUACAGAGAGUCCAUUGGUUACACCUGGGAUUGUUGUUUAUGUUGUUUAUGGGAUUUCUUAUAGUGCCCUACAAGACGUGAGAAGUUGUCUGCACCUUUAAGUCCAUCCGAGGACUAAGAGAGAUUUCAUUGUUGCUCCAUUAUCACAGGAGAAACAGUUGGCCGUUUGUUAUCAAAUCUGCCCCCUCUGGAAAACAUUUACAUUCCACUAAAAAACACAGGAGCAAAUUAAAUAGUCUUCAUUCCCUUAGAGAACGCAGAGAUGACGUGACUGUCCAUCAAGGUGUGGAGGAAAUUCUUGGGUUGCUUAGUUUAAAUAAUGAUAUGACCUCCGUUUAUAACAAACGUCAGGAAAUGACUGUGUGUAAUUGCUCAAUUGCACACUGACGAUCACGUAACACCAACGAGCAAUGUUUAUGUUUUGUGCUGCAAUGUUUAGAUGCACCAGUAGGUGGUGGUAAAAAUUCAUAAAUUGAGAGACUGAACUUUAGGUCAGUUCACAGUAUGCGACACCAGCUACAGUACAGUGAGGGUGUGUGUGUGUAUUAUUAUUUUAUCUCCACCUGACAGCUGGCUUUGAUACACAACAUCAGGAAAAGUAUAAAUACCUUUGGCGUGAUUCCCUACAUUUUAUGUCAUAUUGACAGAUAUAUUUUCAGCAUUUCAGGCAGGAAACAUUCUUUUUCCUUCUAUGCACCAGCCAGAGUUUCCUGCCUGCAGCGUGUGUGUUGUUUCCCCUCUUGACUGGAAUGAUCAGGCUCUGAAGUUUUCUCCAGAAAAUCUGCGGCACUCUCUCUCCUGUCACCUGUGUCGCUGGGUCUAACCUCAGAAUAAGAAUUCAGACCUGCUCUGCUGGCCUGCUUAAAUCAGACGAACACUUUGAGGAAGUUGCACAGCGGAAGAUGUGGGCCAACUAUGUUAACCAAUCUUUUUCUUCUCACCUUUGUGAAAUCGUGGACAUCCGAUGUGCAAGACAAAGAGGAGAUGACAGUGUUGAGUGUCUGGGUGAUUUUUUUUUUUAGUCUUGAUUUUUGAAGCAGAGAACCGCUCAUCUUCUGAAGAGGAGCUCCCCUGGCUUUGAGUUAAAUAUGCUAUUGGCUGGACUUUAUUUAGAAAGACAUGUAUUUAAUUGAACAUUUGUCAAUAGUGUAACUGUGCUGGUAGUUGGGGGCUAUAUUAUCUGACUGUCUCUGCACUUGCUGCGUCUACCACGUCCUGUCUGCCUGCGUGGACACGUCAUGAACUGGCUGGCUGCAAGUUACCGAAGGUGGUGUCAAAGACAUGUUGCUCCUGAGAGAAGAGGCCAAACUACGUGUUUCCAGGCCAGUGAUCCUGAUGAGGAUUCGUGUGUGGCUGUGAAAAUCGAACACUCCAGAGCUCUAGGCAGCAGCCCAGUGUGUGACCGAGGUAACUCUCCCAGUGUGCAGGAGUGUCUGAAUCGAGCGGCUGGUGGGACCAACAAGAACAGAGCCGUCGUCAAUGGAAGAGCUUCUGGCCACAGGCGUCAGCUGCAGUCCAAACCAGAAGUGCCUCCAAAGCCACCACACCUUCAGAGCCCGUUGACGGAGCCAUCUAAUCCUCUGGGCCACAUCAAGAGACCGUCACUUAAGCAAACCAUGGAAGAGGGGGGUGGAGGAAGAGGAGGGGGAGGAAAAGUGCAUGCAAGCAAAGAGAGGGUCAGGGAGAAACACUCCAAAGUGUCAGACCUGAUCAGUCGAUUUGAGGAAAACAGCAGCACGGACAAGAGAGACGGCUCACCACUUAAACCUAUUAGCAGGUCGAAUAACUGCAGCCCGGCCCACCGCACCAACCAGAGGCAGACGGAGGCCGGCAGGAAUCAGGAGAAUCACUCCUCCGUAGUAUCGACGGCACACAAGGAUGAUCGCCAGCCGGUGGGAAACGGAGUGCUGAAGCAGAUGGAGAAGGACAACGAGGAGGAGAAACAGAGUGUGAGGAAAGAGACGGACGGCCUGGUUAAUGGAGACAUGGGGGAUGGGAGUGCAGAGCAGAAUGAGGAUCAUUCACCUCCACAGACAGACAGGACUGAUGAAGAAAGUCACACUCACAGUACAGACACAGAGAGUGAGCACAAGAAUGAAAGCAAAGGCACAGACCAGAAGGAGACCAAUGAGCAGAAGCUGUUCAAGAUUGCCAAUGAGCUCCUGCAGACAGAGAAGGCUUACGUUACUAGACUGAAUCUACUGGACCAGGUUUUCUGUGCAAAGCUGAUGGAGGAAGCCAACAAGGGAACAUUUCCUGUGGACGUAGUGAAGAACAUCUUCUCCAACAUCACCUCCAUUAACACUUUUCACAGCCAGUUCCUGCUUCCAGAUCUGGAGAAACGCAUGGGAGAAUGGGGAUCCACACCUCGAAUUGGGGACAUUCUGCAGAAACUCACACCCUUUCUCAAAAUGUAUGCUGAGUAUGUGAAGAAUUUUGACAAAGCCAUGGAGCUGCUAAAACAGUGGACUGACCGUUCUCCACAGUUCAAGGCCAUUAUCCAGGAGAUACAGAGUCAAGAGGUGUGUGGCUGCCUGACACUUCAGCAUCACAUGUUGGAGCCUGUGCAGAGAGUGCCUCGAUAUGAGAUGCUGCUCAAGGACUAUCUGAAGAAGCUGCCGCAGGACGACCCUGACCGACGGGAUGCGGAGAAAUCUUUAGAAAUCAUUGCCACAGCUGCCACUCACUCCAACAGUGCAAUACGAAAAUCUGAGAAUCUGAAAAAGCUGUUGGAGAUCUACGAGAUGCUGGGAGAGGAGGAGGAUAUUGUUAACCCCUCCAAUGAGUUCAUCAAAGAGGGACAUAUCCUGAAGCUGGCAGCCAGGAAUACUUCAGCCAUGGAGAGAUACCUCUUUCUGUUCAACAACAUGCUGUUGUACUGCGUUCCUAAAUUUAGCCUGGGUGGACCGAAGUACACAGUGAGGACAAGAAUUGGCAUUGAUGGCAUGAAGGUUCUGGAAACAGCCAACGAGGACUACCCUCAUACGUUUCAGGUGUCGGGGAAGGAGAGGACACUGGAGCUACAGGCUAGCUCAGAGCAGGACAAGGCAGACUGGAUCAAGGCUUUCCGGCAGACCAUCGAGGUCUUCCAGCAAAAAAAUGAGUCCUUCAAGAAUGCAUUGAAAGAUGCGGAGGAAGUAUCGAAAGCAGAGCUGGGGAAGCGAGCUCCCCGAUGGAUCCGCGACAACGAAGUGACCAUGUGCAUGAAGUGUAAAGAGCCGUUCAACGCUCUGACCCGGCGGAGACACCACUGCAGAGCCUGUGGCUAUGUUGUGUGCUGGAAAUGUUCAGAUAAUAAGGCAGCUCUUGAAUACGACAGCAACAAGAUGAACAAAGUCUGCAGAGACUGUUUCUCCAUCCUGACUGGAGAAACCGUAGCAGAGGGCAAGAAGAAGGGCAUCCUGGAGAUCGAGGCGGCUCAGUUCACAGGCAACAGCAUCAUCUGUGGUUUCUUACAGUACUGUGAGAAAAACAAGCCCUGGCAGAAGGUGUGGUGCGUCAUCCCUGAGAAGGAAUGUCUGGUGUUGUAUCUUUACGGAGCUCCACAGGACGUUAAGGCUCAGAGUACAAUCCCCCUGCUGGGCUAUUCUGUGGAUGACACCAUCCGACCCACAGAUGCUCCAGCCAGCUUCCGGAUUUCUCAGUCAAAGUCCGUGCACAACUUUGCUGCAGAGUCUGAGGAGCUGAAGCAGCGCUGGCUGAAAGUAAUUAGAGUGGCGGUGACGGGGGAGGUGCCAGAAUGCCCGCAGAUCAACGGCAGCAACACAAAUGUGAUGGACAGCAGCACACAAGAGGCAGCGACUGACAGCACAUAAGGCCAUUGUCUGCACACUAAUUGCUGCUGUCUGUUUGCUCAAAAGAGAUUUGGAUCCUCUGCCAUGGGCUGUAUGAAGAGAAUACAAAUGCACCGUCUCUGUGGAGUAUUGUGGAAGCUAAUGGAAACCGAAUCAGUGCUGGAUAAGCUGCCUUUCUCCUUAUUCUUCAGUUCUCCAGUAUUACCCUGGAGCUUUUGGACAAAAAACAUGUGAUUUACAGUUAAAGCUGUGAGAUAUUACUAAAGGACAUCUGUGGUACAAUCAACACUAGAGCAGAGGGGCUUCAGGAUUAAAUCAACAUCCCACAGACCUGCUCUAUUACAGACGCCAUGGACCUGUCUUCAAAUUUGUUUCUAUAACAGAAACAGUGAACUUCUAAUAGAAAAGCAUCUUCACUUGGUUCAAACACUGAGGAUAUGGCCCUGUGGUUAGGCUCACGAUGGUCUACACUCCCUCUCUCAUGCAUGUGGGCGAAAGUGUCUGCGUUUUUUUCUCUCUUUUUUUUUUUUUGUCUCAGUUUGAGCAUGACAUUUAAGGUCAUCUGUUAUGUGAAACCAGAUCAGCGUGCAUCAGUUAAGGAACUGCUUUUAAACCUCAAACCAUUGUAUCUUAAGAAAUACCUGGAUUUCAUUUUCAUAUAUUUCGAAAUGCAGAUUAAUUCACCUCAGUGCUAUUGGUCACUCAGUCUUACAGCAGGCACUGGAAUGCCACUUUCAGUGUUGCAUUCCUCCCCGGCACAGUCAGCAGUGGAGGACAGAUCUAAACUGAGUGCAUCAUGUAGGGCAGUUGUCAACAGCUUUGACUUAAAUGGAGCACAAUCUGAAAUCUAAAGAGCUGGCGGCAGAAUUGUACAUUUGUUUUUUAAAGCUGUAAUUAUUAUUUAAAAGUAAUUUAUAUAAGAUAAAUCUGUCUGUUGGAAGCACAAAGUGUCUUUUCUGCCUCUAAAAAACAGUAAGCCAACGCUACGUGUUUCCUGAAAUCAUUUUUUGGACAAUAACUCGACAAAGGCAUUCAUAUUCUUCACUGACGUGUGACAACCAGUUUCUUGUGGUCACCUUUGAACUCAGUCCCCAUCAGUGUUAAAAAAACAAGACCACACAAUUUACCUGUCAAUUUUAAAAAGAUUUGAAUGUAUCCUGAUAUUUCUGUCCUUUUAUUCUCUUUCUACGUAAAUAGAGAAUCUAAGCACUUUACAGACUUUUAAAGUGUACCUUCGGAGAGAUAAAGCAGAUUCAUUUAGUCUAUAGUCAUUUAGGUUGUUUUUCAACGUAACGCUGAGCAAUCUGUCAUAAACUCUUCUGAAGUUUUGCUUGGUCAUUUUUAGCUUUUUUUUUAUUUACAUUGACUCAGCUGACAUGCUUUUGGAAAUAGUGAUGUUGUGACAGAAAAAGCUGAGAAAUCCUAUUGACAAAUGUAAAAAUAUAAAUGAUGACAUUAGUCUGAAUAACGAGCUCAGUGAAAACUAAGUUUUUUACGGAAGUUCCUCAAUUUCAUGUCAAAAGGCAAAAUAACUCAAAUUGGUACAAACCUUAAUUUAGACCAUUAUUUGUAACAAUGUUAUUUUUGACAACCAAUUAAGAUGUAAUCUUUUGACUAAAAUGCUUCUAACUACACUUGAA